ACGGGGAACGCACAAAUACCGUCGUCGUCGUCUUUAACCUCGUAAAAUUAGCAAAAUUAAGCUGUCGCCCAAAGAAAACAAAUAACUGAGAUUUGGAAGAAGAAGAAAUAGAGAAAUGGAAAGCAAGGCGGAAGGAAAGGGAGGGUACUGGGCGGCGCUGGACCCGCGGCGGUGCGACUCGUGCAAGGGGGUCGCGGCACGGGUCUAUUGCCGAGCGGACACAGCGUACCUCUGCCGCGGGUGCGACGCGCGCGUGCACGGAGUGGCGUCCCACCACGAGCGCGUCUGGGUGUGCGAGGUCUGCGAUCAGGCGCCGGCCGUCGUUACCUGCAAGGCCGAUGCCGCCGCUCUCUGCCGCGCCUGCGACGCCGACAUUCAUUCCGCCAACACCCUCGCUGGCCGUCACGAACGAGCCCCGGUCGUACCCUUCGUCGAGCCCCUCUCUGACGUCCAACUCAAACCCUCCUCCGCCGCCACCGCUGUAAGCGGUGGCUCGUUCCCGGUCGAGGGAAACAACGACGUGGAUGCUGCGGCGGCGGCCUCCUGGCUCCUCUCGUCCCAAGGGCAUACCAGCUUCAAGAGUUUGAUCGGGGCGGCUGAUCUCAAAUCAACAGACUAUUUCUUCUCGGAUGUAGAUCCGUACCUGGAUCUGGAGUACGCCACUUCGACGAACGCCCGAUUCACCCAGUCGGACAGCGUGGUUCCCAUCCACACCAAGGCGGCCAGUUACGAUGGUGGAGUCCCGCCUCUUCCGUCGUUCCAGGUCCCAUUGGGUGGCUGCAUAGAACUCGAUUUCGCUACGUCCAAGGCCUCCUAUAGUUCCCACACCAGCCACUCCAUAAGCCAUAGCAUGUCGUCUUCGGAGGUCGGCGUGGUGCCGAAUGGCAGCGUGAUGGUGGACGUCAGCAAUCCCUGCCCUGGAGUGACCGGGAAGGCGGCGGAGCAAAUGGACCGUGUGACGAGGGUGAUGCGAUACCGGGAGAAGAGAAAGAACCGUCGAUUCGAGAAAACGAUCCGGUACGCGUCGCGGAAGGCGUACGCGGAGACGCGGCCACGGAUCAAGGGCCGGUUUGUCAAGCGGACUGACAUCGAGCCGGAGGUCGACUGCAUCUACUCCUCCGCAGCCGCCGCCGCCGCGGCGCUCAUGGCGGACUCCGCCUACGGCGUCGUCCCAUCCUUUUGAGAGCGAGCGAUCGAUCGAUCGCCGCUCGUAACUUGUAAGACGCAACCAUAUUCCACCCUCUGUUCCUUCGCCCUUUUCCUCCUCAUAUUAUAUAUGUAUAUAUGCCUAAAAAUAAGCUGUAAACCUUCCGAUGCCGUGGGCGCUCGAAUCUUGAUGUUCCA